CCGGGACUCGCCCGGGACUCCGAGGCUGCAGGCCGCGACUAGGCUGAGCCGCCCUCGGGUGCCUCCCGCUUGCCUCCCGCGCCGACCGCACGAGCGCUCCUUUCGAGCAUGUUGUGGCAGGGCAACCAGGCGCUCCGGCGCUUCUCCACCGGCCAGGUUUAUUUCAAAAACAAGCUGAAGGUGGCACUUAUUGGUCAGAGCCUCUUUGGACAAGAAGUCUACAGCCACCUCUGCAAAGAGGGCCACCGAGUUGUGGGAGUGUUCACAGUUCCAGAUAAGGAUGGAAAAGCUGACCCACUGGCUUUAGCUGCAGAGAAAAAUGGGACCCCUGUGUUCAAGUUCCCUAGAUGGAGAGUCAAGGGCAAGACCAUAAAGGAGGUGGCGGAGGCCUACAGAUCCGUGGAUGCUGAGCUAAAUGUGCUUCCCUUCUGCACACAGUUCAUCCCCAUGGAUGUAAUUGACAGCCCUAAGCAUGGUUCCAUCAUUUAUCACCCAUCUAUCCUUCCCAGACACAGAGGAGCCUCUGCUAUCAACUGGACUCUAAUCAUGGGAGAUAAGAAAGCUGGGUUUUCUGUUUUCUGGGCUGAUGAUGGUUUAGACACAGGACCCAUCCUUCUCCAGAGGUCGUGUGAUGUCGAACCCAAUGAUACAGUGGAUGCACUUUAUAAUCGAUUUCUUUUUCCUGAAGGAAUCAAGGCCAUGGUGGAAGCUGUCCAGCUCAUAGCCGAUGGAAAAGCUCCUUGUAUUCCCCAGUCAGAAGAAGCUGCAACAUAUGAAGGUAUCAAGAAAAAGGAAAAUGCUGAGAUCUCUUGGGAUCAGUCUGCUGAAGCUUUACAUAACUGGAUCCGAGGUCAUGAUAAAGUCCCUGGAGCUUGGACAGAGAUAAAUGGACAGGUGGUCACUUUCUACGGCUCAUCAUUACUGAAUAGCUCCAUCCCUCCUGGAGAACCACUGGAAAUUAAAGGUGCCAAGAAGCCUGGUCUUGUUACCAAAAGCGGCCUUGUUCUUUUUGGUAACGAUGGAGGAGCACUGAUGGUGAGAAACCUGCAGUUUGAAGAUGGAAAAAUGAUUCCUGCCUCUCAGUACUUUUCAGCGGGUGAGACAUCAGUGGUGGAACUUACAGCCGAAGAGGUGAAGGUGGCGGAGACCAUCAAGGUCAUCUGGGCUGGAAUUUUAAGCAACGUCCCUGUUAUUGAAGAUUCAACAGACUUCUUUAAAUCUGGAGCAAGCUCAAUGGAUGUUGUCAGGCUGGUUGAAGAGAUAAGACAGAAAUGUGGAGGACUUCAGUUACAGAAUGAGGAUGUUUAUAUGGCCACCAAGUUUGAAGACUUCAUCCAAAAAGUCGUGAGGAAACUGAGAGGAGAAGAUCAAGAAGCGGAGCUAGUGGUGGAUUAUGUUUCAAAGGAGGUCAAUGAAAUGACAGUAAAAAUGCCAUAUCAGUGUUUCAUAAAUGGACAGUUCACAGAUGCCGAUGAUGGAAAGACUUAUGACACCAUCAACCCAACAGAUGGAUCUACGAUAUGCAAAGUAUCCUAUGCCUCUUUGGUGGAUGUUGAUAAAGCAGUAGCAGCAGCCAAAGAUGCUUUUGAAAAUGGUGAAUGGGGAAGAAUGAAUGCACGAGAAAGAGGAAUAUUGAUGUACAGACUAGCAGACCUACUGGAAGAGAACCAAGAAGAGCUGGCAACCAUCGAAGCCCUCGAUUCAGGGGCUGUCUACACCUUGGCACUGAAGACUCACAUUGGAAUGUCUGUGCAAACAUUCAGAUAUUUUGCUGGCUGGUGUGACAAAAUUCAAGGUUCUACAAUUCCCAUCAACCAGGCCCGUCCAAAUCGCAAUCUGACCUUCACCAGGAAGGAGCCACUUGGCGUCUGUGCCAUUAUCAUCCCCUGGAACUACCCGCUGAUGAUGCUGGCGUGGAAGAGCGCUGCGUGCUUGGCAGCAGGCAACACCUUAGUGCUCAAGCCGGCGCAGGUCACGCCCUUGACUGCUUUGAAGUUUGCAGAGCUCUCUGUUAAAGCAGGCUUUCCCAAGGGGGUAAUCAACAUCAUUCCAGGCUCAGGUGGCAUAGCAGGACAGCGCCUUUCUGAACAUCCUGAUGUCCGCAAACUUGGUUUCACUGGUUCCACUCUGAUUGGCAAACAGAUCAUGAAGAGCUGUGCUGUGAGCAACUUGAAGAAAGUUUCCCUUGAACUUGGUGGCAAAUCCCCACUUAUAAUAUUCAGUGACUGUGAACUUGACAAGGCCGUACGAAUGGGCAUGGGAGCAGUAUUUUUCAACAAAGGAGAGAACUGUAUUGCAGCUGGUCGGUUGUUUGUGGAAGAAUCCAUCCAUGAUGACUUUGUGACAAGAGUGGUGGAAGAAAUUAAAAAGAUGAAAAUUGGUGAUCCACUUGACCGAUCUACUGAUCACGGGCCCCAAAAUCAUAAGGCCCAUCUGGAAAAGCUCUUGCAGUACUGUGAAGCUGGAGUGAAAGAGGGGGCCACCUUGGUGUACGGAGGAAGACAAGUCCAAAGGCCAGGCUUUUUUAUGGAACCUACUGUCUUCACAGAUGUGGAAGACCACAUGUAUCUUGCCAAAGAGGAAUCCUUUGGGCCUAUUAUGGUCAUUUCUAAAUUCCAAAAUGGGGACAUCGAUGGAGUAUUGCAGCGAGCAAAUAAUACAGAGUACGGCUUGGCCUCCGGGGUUUUUACGAGAGACAUAAAUAAAGCUAUGUAUGUGAGUGAAAAGCUAGAGGCGGGAACUGUUUUUAUUAACACCUACAACAAGACGGAUGUGGCAGCCCCUUUCGGUGGAGUUAAGCAGUCGGGCUUUGGAAAAGACUUAGGUGAGGAAGCUCUAAACGAAUACCUCAAAACCAAGACCGUGACGCUGGAAUAUUAGAGCAGUGCCGUCAUCGGGAACCGCUCGCAGACAGCACCACUCCGCAGCCCUCCGCACGGAAGAAGCCGGGCUGUGCUGAGGAAGGACGUGUCAGCCACCAGCUGAAAAAACCGCAAGGACCAUGAAGAGGGUCGGGCCACGGGUCUAAGCAUUUACACAUGUUCCUGAGUAUUUUCUAAUACCCCUUUUAUACCUUAAAAUGAUGUGUAGUUGUUGGGUUUGGACUAUGUCAUAUACCACACGUAUUUCUAAACUAUCAAGCUGCUUUUUUUGUUCCCCACCAAGACUAACCUAGUCAUGGUUGUUCAUCUUGCAGACGUCAAUACCAUGCAGUUAUAAUACAGAAAGUGCAUUGUUAGGAACCCUUGUAUGGUAUGUACAGGUUUUAACCUCUGAACCGGGCAUAUGGGGUUGUUAAAAAGAUUUUCUGUAAUUUUGCUCUCAAGGAACAGUAUAUCCUCUAAGGAAUGUGAAGGAAGUUCUUUUUUUUUUUUUUUUUCCCUUUUGGAAAUAAGAUACAUCUUUGUGCCUUUGAUGUUCUAUUUUUCAACCCACUGUGAUGAGUGACCAACCCAGAAACAGUUCUUGAGUACCUACCAAGUACGAAGCACUAUAUUAUGUCCUGAGGAGUAUACAACAUUUAAUGACAUGAUCUUUGGCCCCAAAUAGUUUAAAUUCUAGUCAAUAGCUUUUAAAGUAGAUUUUACAGUAUGAUGUAUUAUAAAGUAAAUAGCUUUUGGAGGCUGAUCUUGGUUCAUAUCAUACCAUCUUACUAUCUGUGUGACUUUGGGAAACUUAUGCAACUUCUCAGAGCCUCAGUCUCCUUAUAUGUAAAAUGGGGACAGUAGUGCCUCCCUGGGAAGCCUUAUAAUGAGGAUUCAAUGCAAUAAUCUUAGUAUAGCACCUUGCACUGGGCUUUAUUUUUGGUAAAUACUCAAAUGCUCAAUAAAAGUUAAGUGCUUUCCCCGUCACUAUUUUUAAAAUAUAGUGAGAUAUGUUAGUUCAAUGAAUUAGUUUCCCUACAACCCUUUCCAGGAGUCAUCAAUUCCUAUGUGCUGCUUUUCUCCUCCAUUGUCUGGCCCAGCAGCUGAUACAGCAGCACUGGAAAAUACCAUGUAGUGAAAAAUGACAGUGGUACGAGGAAAAGGGUGCUUUUCUUUCUACAGCUCAUUCGUCCUUCCAGGACAUUUGGUUUUCCAUUCUCCUACCAAUUGGUUCUGCUACUCACGAGCUGGGUGAUCUUGGGCAAAUUAGUUACCUAAUAUCUGAAAGCCCAGAUUUGGAAUCUAUAACACAGGGAUAAAGUCCCUAUCUCAUUAGGUGUUGUAAGGAUCCGGUGGGAUAAUAUACAUAAUGCACUCAACACGGUGUUUGGACCAUUCUCUGCGCUUAAGAAAGAGGAAUCAUUACAACCCAUGCAGUACUUACGUAAUUGCCCGUUGUCAGACAAAAGUAGGUGGGUAGAUUCUAACCAUCCAUGUAUGACUAGAAGGAGGUGAGAUCCUGAAUUGAAGAGUCUUUGGCAGCUGGUCCAAGCAAUUAAUUUCCGUGAAUCCUCCUUUUAAAGUAAAAUUUCAGUAAACAUCUCUAUCUCUUUGGCUUUGAAGAAGCCCUUAGGGAUUACUUGUUACUUCGGAAACUCGGCAGCUUAACGUCAGAAGAAUGUAGGCAAUCAGUAAUCAAUAAACAACAAUAAGAAAAAUUGGGCAGAAAACCUUCAAUAGGAAGAGUAUCAGGUAUGAUCCUGGAUGAUCAACAGAGCAGAUUUUGCCUGUAAGCGUUUUUUAUUGUACCAC